AACCCCAAAUAUACUGUUUUUACGGAUAUUCCAACAAUACCCUCGAAUAUUCCCUCCCUCCAACCGUUAUAUCUAUCACCGCUUUCAUCCUCUAUUUCCUCUCCUCGCUUCCUUUCUCCUUACCAAAAUUAAAUUCUUCUUUCCAACGUUUUCCUAACAGAAAGCCAUGAAAUUCGGAAAGAGUCUCAGCAGCCAGAUCGAGAAAACCUUGCCGGAGUGGCGCGACAAGUUCCUCUCCUACAAGGAGCUCAAGAAGAAGCUUAAACAAUUUGACCCUCCUGCUGCCGCCGAUGACCGCCCCGGAAAACGCCACAAGUCUGAUUCUGCACCCACUGCCGCCGACAUGUCCAAGGAGGAGACCGACUUCCGUAACUUGCUCGAGAGUGAACUCGACAAAUUCAACACCUUCUUCGUUGAGAAGGAGGAAGAAUACAUUAUCAGACUCAAGGAGUUACAAGAUAGGGUGGUCAAAGUUAAGGAUUAUAGUGAAGAGAUGAUGAAAAUCCGCAAGGAAAUUGUGGAUUUCCAUGGAGAGAUGGUCUUGCUGGAAAACUACAGUGCCCUGAACUAUACAGGGCUAGUGAAAAUACUGAAGAAGUAUGACAAGAGAACUGGUGCUCUCAUCCGCUUGCCCUUCAUUCAGAAGGUCUUGCAACAACCUUUCUUUACCACUGACUUGCUCUACAAGCUUGUAAAGGAGUGUGAAACAAUGUUGGACCGUCUUUUCCCUGAGAAUGAUCCUCCUCCUGUUUCUGGUGAGACAACUCCCCAAGCUGAAGGUUACGAUCCUUCAACUUCAACCACUACCAAGAGUGAUGGUGGUUUGCUGAUUCCCAAGGAAUUAGCUGAGAUCGAGUACAUGGAGAGCCUAUAUAUGAAGAGUACAGUAUCAGCUUUGCAUGUUUUGCAGGAAAUUAGAAGUGGAAGCUCAACUGUUAGCAUGUUUUCAUUGCCACCGUUGAAGAUAAGUGGUUCAGAAGAAACAUGGAAGAAAAUUCCGGUUCUUGAACAAGCAGCCAAGUAACCUGCUGGGUUACGUUGACAACAAACUAGUGGGAUGACUAUUUUCUGAUCACUUUUUUUUUUUUUAAAAAAAAAAAUUGGAUGCCUCUGUUAUGCAUGCCUUAGAUACUAACACAGAUGUAAGAUGCUAAAUGUAAAGAUGGAAUUAAUUUUAUAGAAUUAUAGGUUCCAUAUAAUAAAACCUCUGGAAUUUAAAGAAGUUAUGUUUUGACAUUUUGCUAACAUUCGUAUUCUGUUGUAAUGUAAUUAUAUUAUAUA